CACUUAUUUCUAUUUCUCCUUUCCACGCUUUAAUUUGUUUUUGCAUCUCUCGUUUUAUUUCUCGUAUAUUAAUGGCGGGUCGGGGUAAGACUCUCGGAUCCGGAGCCUCGAAGAAGGCAACAUCAAGGAGUAGCAAGGCUGGGCUUCAGUUUCCGGUGGGUCGUAUUGCUCGGUUCCUUAAAGCUGGGAAAUAUGCUGAGCGGGUCGGAGCUGGAGCUCCGGUUUACCUCGCCGCCGUUCUUGAAUAUCUUGCCGCUGAGGUUCUUGAGCUAGCCGGGAAUGCAGCCAGGGACAACAAGAAAACCCGAAUCGUGCCACGUCACAUCCAACUUGCCGUAAGGAACGACGAAGAGCUGAGCAAGCUGCUCGGCGAUGUGACGAUCGCCAAUGGUGGUGUGAUGCCCAACAUCCACAACCUCCUCCUCCCGAAGAAAACCGGGACCUCCAAGACUUCCGGUGCCGAUGAUGAUUAAUGCAGAUAAGUUUAGAUUCCCCAAAGCCGUUCGCAAAUCAACCCCUCCCCCCUCUCUCUGUAGUAGUUGUUGAUCCUGAGAUUCAAAUCUCUAGGGUUUUUGGCUUUGGUUGUUGUUCUAUUAUUACCUUCUGUGGAACUUUAGUUAGCAGUUAGUUUUUUAGGGUUUUCGGUAUAAUGUGAAUAUAAAUCAAAUUAUCCAUCUUUUUUUUCC